AUGCACCUACGCAGCGCGACGGAUAAAGUCACAGAGGAAGCUAAACUCCUUCGCGAAGAGCUCCACGAACUCGAGUCGGAAAUCGCGGUGCUGAAAUAUCGGUCUGGACAUGGUCCAGAUGGAGAUCCACGCUUAAAACAAGCUGAGUUAGAGAUCGCACAGCUGAGCCACAGUGGCCGGAAGAAGCACCUCCAAAUUGCCAAGGCACUGUCCGCAUUGAGUCGAUGUUUGGGAGCUCAAGAAUCUCAUCCACUCUACACUCGCAUUUGCCUCCCCAAAAAAAAAAAAAAAAACUGGGACCAACGCCGAGCUAAACUCGUCUCUAUUCGAGAGGAAAAGCUACGCAAUGCGUACGACUUCGUCAUGGAUCCUAGACACUACGUCGACCCAGCUAAGGCUCAGUAUUCCGACGAGCGCUUCGGGACGGCGCAAGGAGAUUUCUGCGGGGUACGCUUCGAGACGGUGCAAUUCCCCGGCGUCAAGUCUCUCCAGCAAGUCUAUGAUGCAGCCGUGUACUACCUCACGAACAGGGAGAUUAGUAUCACCGAGCGACUGGGGCACAUCACGGUCAGGGACGACUACGAGACACUUGACGGUAGUGUAUACAACGCUCGGGUACUGUCGGCUCUUCUCGACAAUGUCACAAUGGAAACGAGUUCGCUUUUGUUUCCGAAGAUGGAUCCAGAUGGGCAAUACGGGAUGGUCGUGCCGACCAAGACGAACUCGAUCCGUACAACUCGGCUGAGCGCGUUCGGAAGGAUGUGUCAGCUACUGCUGUUUUCACAGUCGGCAAAGAGGAGCGACGAAUAUAAGCAAACGGAGAACAGUGUAAACUAG